AUGUCCACCUUCUCGCGACGACCCGCCGACUACAACAUCCUCCGACCGCAACAUCCGUCCAAGCUGCUGGGACAGACACCCCCUGCGAAGGCGAACGAGCCGUCGACAAACGCGGCGUCGCCGCAAGUAGCAACGCGCCCGCCGCCCGCUCCGAAGGCCGAGCGGCGCAAGCCCACUAUCACACCGGCCGAAGCUGUCCGGCUCUGCGCACUGCUCAAGGCGCCCACACCCCAGCUCAUACAGAUAUGCGUGCGGAACAAGGGCUGCGCAGGGCUCUCGUACCACCUCGAGUACCUCGCCAAGCCCGGCAAGUUCGACGAGGUGGUCGAGCAGGACGGCGUGAACGUCCGCAUCCUCAUCGACAGCAAGGCGCUCUUCUCCAUCAUCGGAAGGGAGAUGGACUGGUACGAGGACGCACCCAGCGCGAAGUUCGUGUUCAAGAACCAGAACAUCAAGGACCCUUGCGGGUGCGGAGAGUCGUUCAGCGUCGGCUCGUGUGCGGCGCGAGGUGUACGCUGA